ACGUCGCUCGGUCCACGGGCGCAUUCAUUCUGCUCUGGGCUGUCGAACAGCUCGCCUCGCAUUCGAGCCAAAAAAAAAAAAAAACUGGAAAGAGGCGCGUUCGUGGAUUCGAGAGCUUCGUGGAUUCAAAGACGAGAGUCUACGUACUCGGCAUAUCCGUGUUUGUUGUUUGCCAGCGCGUGUGAGUGCCACUGCCGUAAGGUGUGCGAGUGUGUCUGUGAGUGUGGCAGUUACUGCUGUUUUUAGUGUAGUUGUUGUUGUUCGACAGCUCCACGCGCAACGAAAGCGAAAGUUUUGUUUGGCGCGCGUGUUGCCAUUGGCGUCGCGAAUGUCUAUGAAUUCGCACACACACGUACCUACCACGUACCACCUAGAAUAGAUUAAAAGCGUGUGAAAACAACAAGAAUCGGUUGGCGAGAAUAUGCUGUUCAUUAUUUCCAAUGAGGGUGCAUUAAAUUAAAGCAAUCGUGUUAGCCAAGCGGAAAGACAAAAUCAACUCACACACAAAUACACCCAAAGAAGUACAAGAGGCCCACCUACCCCAUCAUUCCUGCAACAUUUCGGUGUUUGCACACACGCUGCCAGAGGAGAACAAGAAAAAGACGCACUAAUAAAAUGGCACCCACCAUAUGCUCGGAUAAGAAACAGAUGCGGGACUCGAGGCGACAUCAUGGCGUGGCCACAGCCGCCAUUUCAUCAACCACCGCAGCCAUCACAGUCGCCACCGCAUCCUCGUCAACUUCGUCAUCGUCCUCAUCGCCGUCUGCAUCGGGGGCUGCCGCAGGAGCAACGCGAAACAGUUCGGUUCUCAGUUAUGUUGCCAAAGGAUCGGUCACAUCCUCGAAUCGCCGCCGCCACGCGAGACUGCAACGGAGAUAUACUCAUUCUGCCAGCAAGGUGACCUCCUCAACGGACACCAGCAGUGGAGUGGACACUGAGGCGGAGUCCUUGGAUCAGAUGCAGCUGGAAGACGACAGCUACCCGAAUGUGCGACACCAGUACCUGCAACAACAGCAGCAACAUUCCAGCAGCGAGGACAACAUCAAGACAGUAUUACAGCCAAAAACGGCCAUAAACGGCAAUCACCGGAACAGCAAUCACAAUCGAUCCCGCGAAGAAAUGCCCGUUGUGGCGGACGCGGAGACCAAUGACAGCGGCAGUGAUAGUGGCUAUGAGUUUGGCGACCGGGAGGUGGGCAAAAAGCAGCACUUCCAGCACAACAGCGACGGACUGCUCUCGAUUGCCAUCAAGACCAUUAAGUUGGUGCAACGCAACAAGCUGCUGCAGAAGCGACUGGCACAGUUGCAGCUGGAGACGUCGGAGUUUAUUGCCUCGGUGCUGGCCAAUCCGGAGAACAGAGAAUUUCGCGAAAAGAUCACCCCCAAGACCGAGCCCAAGGUGAGCAACAUGCUGUUGCGCCACUAGGUUCUGUCUUGAUUAAAAAAAAACACACUAAACCACGCCCCAUCCUUUCUGGACGAAGGGAAUGAUUUAUAAUUUAAAUAACCCAUUUUUUUAGGCAAUCAAUCGAAAAAUAACAUUUAAUUUAUAUUUAUUUUUCAUUUUUUACUUAAACUCAAGUAGGCAGAAAAAAUGGAGGGAAAAUUUGCAACAUGUUGCUGCAACAUUUCGCGGAUACAAAGAGUGUUGCCUAUUUCUGGGGUGUUUAUUUUUAAAUUUCGAUAUAAAUUAACAAAUCUUUGCUGAAUUUAGUGAAUGUUACUAAACAAAAAGUCAAUAAUCCAACAACUUUCAAAAACACUUUCUACACGUCCAGAAAGAACAUUUAUUCAGGGGCUAUAUUUUGAGAAAUUCGUACUGAUUAACUUUAUAAAUUAAUACAUCAAAGCUUAACAAUUUAAAAAUACAACAUAAAAAGCUACGCUAACAUUUACACACAAAAAAAAAUAUUUAUAUAAAUCCCAAAAAAGUCCAAAAGUGUAUCUUUAUCUAUAGAAGUUAAGUCAUUUUUAUGUUUAACAGUUUAUACGGUCAAGAAUUAAUUUAUAAUAAAUUAAACAACCACAUAAAUAGGAAUAUUAAUGUAUCUAGAACAAACCAGGCAUAAUCAAUGAAACCCCACGACGCUUUUCGCUUAUACAACAAAUAGAUCUACAGUAGAACUCCAAUUAUCCGAAUUAAAGGGGACCGGGACCCAUUCGGAUAAUCAAAUAUUCGGAUAAUCGGAUUUUCGUUUUCUUUUCGAAGCCAUGGUAUAUAAACAAUACAGUAUUGUACACGCACAAACAAAAGUAAGCCAUAGCGAAAGAGUAGCGUCCUCGAGCAAGUGAAUAUUACACUUUUUAAUCAAAACAAACAAUCGCGGGGGGAAGUCAGUGUAGGCACAACGGCAAGUUAAGGCAAGUCAAGUCAAGACUUGUGAUUCGGAUAAUCGGCGAUUCGGAUAGUCGGAGUUCGGAUAAUUGGAGUUCUACUGUAGUAAUAUUUGAUUGACAUUCAAAGCAAUUUGUUCAAUACAAAAAACCACUAUACGUAAUUAACACUGAUCGGUAUUAAUGAAUAAUGAUUCCCGAUCAAUUUCAAAAAUAAUCCAAAACUAUGGAAACUAUCAAAAUGCUAAAAAGGGUGUUAACCAUAUUAAAUGAUAACGAAAAGCAAAUCUUUCCAAUUCUAAAAGUUUUAUUCAAAUUAAGAUAGCUGACAUUUUCCAUAUUGUUUAGAGGAAAAAGUAAGAAUCAUAAAACUCGCAACAAUGAUUUCAUCAAUAAAAUUAGUAAAAAAUUA